GAUACUAUGCCUUUGGAGCUCAAGUAACCUUGGUUGCCAUUUGUCCUCCUUCCAAAGAUGGAGAUAAACAUCCAGUGGUGGUUGAUAUUGUUAAAUCAGAUCUACGACAGGAAUUAGUUGGAAUACGUAAUGCUCCUGAGUUCAUACCAAUAACAAGGGACUCUAAAACUAUUGAAGUUUGUGGCACAAAUGUAAAAAAAACUUACAUGGGACCAGACUGCUGGCUGCAUGUCGAACAGCUCCGAGCAGUCUAUGAAAAGCUGGAAAGGAAGAAAGUACCAAAUGUUGAUUAUCUCAUCUCAUCAACUAUUAUACAACAAAAGCAUUGUGCUGUGGUUUACCUUGGACCAAGAGGAGAGGAUGUAUGCCCAAAAAGCAUGAUUGAGUUGCUUGAUGCUGUUUAUUGCGUUUUACAAGCACUAUUGAUUAUGCAUGGUGGCAAUGACCCUAUCUUUCAUCGUGAUAUUCGGUGGGCCAACAUUAUUAAACUGCCUAGCUUGUCCAAUGAACGAUCCAAGUGGAUGCUUAUAGACUGGGACGAGGCUGCUGGUCUCUAUAACAAAGCGGCUUUACAUUUGUCAGAAGAAAAUCAUGCACCAGAGGUGUUCAAAGAUAAUCAUGGCGAAGAAGUGGAUGUAUGGGCUGUUGGAAGGUUAAUCACUGAUGCAAAAAGGUGGAUUUUUGAUGUCCCGAACGAAAUCUAUAGCUUUGGUAUACGGUUGCAAUCAUCUAAUCGCCCAGGGACUAAGGUGGCGUUCGAAGAAGCUUUGUUGUUAUUGACCAAAUAUACUGACACCGGUACAGUGCCCUCUAAUGAACGAUCAGGAUAUAUCAACUUUAUGCAUAUGUAA